AGCAUCGCGAAAAAGAGGCAACAAUGAUUUCGAUUUGAUUUAACACGGCUUUUUUAAGAGUGGACAAUAGUAAUUUGUUGCGCUUACAUCAUUUGGUUUCUUCUGCACGGAGCAGGAACUAUAAUUGAUAGUGCGAAUAUAUAUUUAAAUAUCCACGGUGUCUAAAUUAGAUUGUCUCUCGCCGCGCGUCGGGGCAGACGCGAUAAUUUGCAACGCAAACGCGAGCCGCGAAACGCAGCAUCGUCGUGGUCAUAGUCGCCACAGCGAGUCGCUUUCAUGUCCGUGCGCGCAAUGUAAGUGUAAUAUUUCGAUGUAACCGUGAAGGAUGUUCCCGAGUCUGAAAAUGCUCUCCAUCCCGUAAUCUCCCGGGAGGCUACCCGUGCGCAGGCAGGCAAAAGGGGGGCUGAUUUCGCCCGGUAAUUCCGAGAAAUGAGAGCCCCGUGGCUCGUCCUGAUUCUCGCCGAGAUCCUGGACCCGUUGUUGCUCCUGGGGGAGGCGGUAUGUCACCGUAAUGACACCGACUUAAGUGCCACUGGCCAAAGGUCAAGAGAGACUUUGCCCAGACAUAGACGGGAGCUGGCUUUUCCAAAGGGGAGUGCUUUCGUGGUAACAUUGACUUUCGUGAAGGCUAUUCAAAUCACUGCGCCCACCGCUUGGAAUUAUCUUCUGGAAUUCGAUGUAACGUGGCCCAUACCCACCCGGGAAGAUUUGAGAAAGACUGCGAUCAAAAGACCGUUCAAGCUAAAACGACGACAUAGACGUGAACUCUACGCCAAUUUUGAAUUGGCAUUGAACAGUCAAGAUUUGCCAGGACGCUUAUGCAUUCUUCGUGCAAUUUGUGAAGCUGAAACAGUGCUGAGUUCCCCGGGAUUUUCAAUUAUCGAAGAUGCCAUUCGAAUUAUUUUAAGGAAUCUUGACGAUACUGAUGACUAUGACUGUUACGAUGUUGCAUAUCGAAGGAAAAGUAAUUGCGAGGUCGUCUAUCCCUGCCCGUUCUCGCUGUUGAAAUUGAUGUUAUACAAUUUAUAUGCAGAAAACGCGAAUGCUGAUUAAAAAGUAGACUAAUGUUCAAAUUUUGCACGAUUUUUAUAACUUAACUUAUCAAGGAUUUCAUAUUUAAUUAGCAUUAGAAUUUCUGUAAUAUGCGGAAAAAAUCUGUGAUAUUAUCAACAUUAUCGCUCGAAUAAAAAUCUCCAUAAAACACAUGUGAAAUGCAUGUAUAAUACUUUAAAAGUUUCGAGAACGCAAUAAUGAAUAUGUGAUAAUGCAACUCGCGCGCGUGCGCGUGAGAAUUUUAUUUUAUUAAAUAUAAUUCAUCUACGGAGGAAGAUUAUUUCUUCUUGUAGAUAUAAAUCAUCAGUUUUGCGAUUUGUCUGACACAAAAUGUUAAACACUUCGUUUCGCAAUUCUCAAUAAAAAUCCAGACACGAUUGAUUCGAUACGUAAUUAACUCCUUGAAAAGGAAUCGAAUAAUAAUCGAAUGAUAAUCGAUGAAAAUCCCGCUGCAGGCAGAAUGAAUGCCCUAAAAUUAUGGGCAGUUGCACAGCACAUGAGCGUGCGGGCGAGUGUAUACAGGGUACGGAUGGCAGAACGCAUAUACAAUACCGGCGGAAACGUUAAUCGCACUAAUAGCGGCGGCAGUAUUUUACGCUCACGCCCAGCAACGUGUCCGGCUGUUCGGCUCUUGAGCCGUUAAUCGCUCGCUAAAUAAAGCCGAGAAACGGAAGUCGAGCACGGCCGGACGUUAAUGAAUUCGACAAUGCUCCGUGCUCGCCUAACUGCAAUAAUAACGGCCGUCCCUGCCGGGUCGGGAGAUCAUUCACCGCGCGAACCUCGUAGACGAUCCCGAGAUCUGAAUAAGUGCAGCAGGUGAACAAUAGUCCAGGUAGACCUCUCGAGCUUCCGGCUUCAGUUCGAUCCAUCGAAUUCUGAAAUAAAACCACUUCGUGUUCUCUGUUCGCGCGUUUCGUUUGCGUUCGUGGACAUGGGGAUUCCCAGAGAUUGGCCGAAAUAAUUGGUCGGAGAGCGAGGCGCGUGACGAUCGGCGGAUGCUUGAUCGAAUGGGACUUACGGGAACCCCAUGAAUUUACAGACUGAUAUUUACCGCACGAGUUGUUUGUACACGGUAUUUUUCGAAACGCGAUGAGAAACGAUGUUUGCGCUGGGCGCGUCGGUUCCCACCGGGACGGUGAAAAUAGCUUCGGGAAUGGUAAAUCGUAUUAUCGCGCUUGUGAUACAGGAUUAAAUUAAUUAAGAGAAUAAUCUGACAUCUGACGGUUUCUCGCCGCUCGCCAGGAAGUCGCCGCCGCAGUCCAACCGAAGUCGGUUCUUCGUUCAUCGAUUUAUUGAGUCAAUUUGGUAAAAGCGGAACGAUAUUUUACCUCGGCGGGGAGACAGAAAGUACAUCAGGUGCAACAAAAAAGUGACGUUUUCAAUAUCGAUAGAGUUUGAUGCAGUCACGUGGAAUGGAGAGGAAGAAGGUAACGACAAUAAAAAAAAAA